AUGCGUAUCUCCUCUGCUAUCGCCCUCGUCGGUAUCGCCGCCACCACCUUGAUGGCCGGUGUCCGUGCCGAGUCUGACGUUCUCGACCUCACCGCCAAGAACUUUGCCGCCUCCGUCGGUGACGAGAAGAUCAUGCUCGUCGAGUUCUUUGCCCCCUGGUGCGGACACUGCAAGGCCCUUGCCCCCGAGUACGAGAUUGCUGCCACCCAGCUCAAGGAGCACGGCAUCCCAAUUGCCAAGGUUGAUUGCACUGUCGAGACCGAUCUUUGCCAGGAGCAGGGUGUUCAGGGCUACCCCACCUUGAAGGUUUUCAGAGAGGGAACCCCCAGCGAUUACCAGGGUGCCCGCAAGGCCGAUGCCAUCGUCUCCUACCUCAAGAAGCAGAACCUCCCCCCAGUCUCUAACCUUACCGCCGAGACUCUCGAGGCUUUCUCCAAGUCCGACAAGGUCGUCAUCGUCGGUGUCCUCCCCAAGGACGAUGAAAGACGCGAGGAGCUCGAGCGCAUCGCCAAGGUCUACCGCGACGACUACGUCUUUGGUGUCAUCGAGUCCAGCGACGAGGUCGCCUCCGGAUCCGGUGUUAUUCUUUACAAGCAGUUCGAUGAGGGCAAGAACGUCUUGGACGGUGCCUUCGAUGCCGAGUCCUUGGUUGAGUUCAUUAAGGAGAACUCUGUCCCCACCAUGGAUGAGAUCGGACCCAACAACUAUGCCCGCUACAUGGAUUCGGGUCUCCCCCUCGCCUACUUCUUCUUCGCCACCCCCGAGCAAAAGACCCAGUACAGCGCCGAGAUCGAGGCGGUCGCCAAGUCCUUCAAGGGCAAGAUGAACUUUGCCUACAUUGACGCCUCCAAGUUCGGCGCCCACGCCGCCAACAUCAACUUGAAGGAGCAGUGGCCCGCUUUCGGUGUCCAGAACGUCGUCACCGGCGCCAAGUUCCCCUUGGACCAGGAGGGUGAGCUCACUAUUGAGAGGAUGCAGAAGUUGGCUGAUGAUGUCUUGGCCGGCACUGUCGAGCCCUCGGUCAAGUCCGAGGCUGCCCCCGAGUCUAACGACGGCCCCGUCAAGGUCGUUGUCGCCACCACCUAUGCCGAGAUUGUCGAGAACAACAAGGACAAGGACGUUUUGAUUGAGUUCUACGCCCCCUGGUGCGGCCACUGCAAGAACUUGGCCCCCAUCUACGAGGAACUUGGAGAGGCCUACAAGGGAUCGAACAUUGUCAUUGCCAAGCUCGAUGCCACUGCCAACGACCUCCCUUCGUCCGUUCCCUUCGGUAUCCAGGGCUUCCCCACCAUCAAGUUCCGCAAGGCCGGUGCCGCUGUUGACGAGUACAUUGACUACAACGGCAACCGCUCCAAGGAGGAUUUCAUUGAGUUCCUUAACGAGAACGCCACCGACAAGUUUGAGGUCAAGGUCUCUGAGGAUAAGCCUGUCGUGGCCGAGGACAUUGAGCACGAUGAGCUUUCCAGCACCCAGAUCGUCCCUCAAGCUCAUUACAAUGUCGUCUUUGACAUUGACGGAGUCCUCAUCAAAGGCAGGCAAGUCCUUCCACAGACCCAUCGUGCUCUUGGACUGUUACAGUCGAACAAUGUGCCGUACAUCUUCUUGACGAAUGGAGGUGGACUCAAGGAAGCGGACAAGGCCGAGCAGCUCAGUAGGAAGAUAGGUGUUCACAUAUCGCCAAAGCAACUCAUUCUAUCACACUCACCGAUGCGGGAACUGGCUCAAAAGUACGAGGAUUCGAACGUCCUCAUCGUCGGAGGCAACGGAUCCGAGUGUCGGCAUGUGGCGGAGCAUUAUGGAUUCAAACAUGUCGUCACACCAGAGGAGGUCCAUGCCGUCUUCCCUUCUAAGUAUCUACAGAAUGUGCGUCGUCCAGUGGACGCCAUCAUGGUCUUUCACGACUCUGUGGAUUGGGGUCGCGAUCUUCAAGUCAUCAUCGACGCCCUGACUUCUCAAGAUGGUUAUCUGAACACGACGAAGACACAAAAGGAGCUCCACACAACUCCUCAAACUGUCCCUCUCUACUUUUCCAACUCUGACCUCGUAUGGAGCAAUGAGUUCCCAACACCAAGGUUCGCACAGGGGACAUUCAGGACAUGUCUGGAACGGAUAUUCGAAGACAAGACAGGACACAAACUGCAGUACACGUUGUAUGGGAAACCUAUGACGACAACUUAUCAGUAUGCUGAGGCGGUUCUUAACCGGAUCGCGCCUAUCCAUUUGGGACCUGAUGGCAUGCCUAAGCGAAGGACUGUCUAUGGUUAG